AUGGCGAGGAGGAGGCAGAGGUCGCUGCUCUUGGUCGCCGUCGUCCAGUUCCUGAGCCUGUGCGUCGCCGAGUGGCAUCUCCAUCUCUCGUACAUCGUGUAUCUGGGAGCACAUGCCUAUGGUCGUGAUGCGUUGGCGGAGGAGCAUGCCCGCGCCACCCAGUCGCACCAUCACCUCCUGGCAUCGAUUCUCGGCGGCGACGACGAGACGGCGCGGCAGUCCAUCUUCUACUCCUACACCAAGAGCACCCUCAAUGGCUUCGCGGCGCACCUGGAGGAAGCCGUCGCGAAGCAGAUCGAGGAGCACCCCGAGGUGGUGGCGGUGCUGGAGAGCAAGAUGCUCAAGCUGCACACCACCCGCUCCUGGGACUUCAUGGACCUGGAGCGCGACGGCCAGGUCCUCCCGGGCUCCAUCUGGAACCACGCCAAGUUCGGGCAGGACGUGAUCAUCGCCAGCCUCGACAGCGGCGUGUGGCCCGAGUCCCACAGCUUCACCGACGCCGGCCUGGACGACGUGCCCGCCCGCUGGAAGGGCUCCUGCCAGGACACCGUCAAGUACGGCGUCGCCUGCAACCGCAAGCUCGUCGGCGCCAGGUUCUUCAACAGGGACAUGCUGCUCGGCAACCCCGCCGUCGUGGCCGCCAACUGGACGCGCGACACCGAGGGCCACGGCACCCACACGCUCUCCACCGCCGCCGGCACCUUCGUGCCGCGCGCCAGCCUCUUCGGCUACGCCACCGGCACCGCCAAGGGCGGCGCGCCGCGGGCGCGCGUCGCCGCCUACAAGGUCUGCUGGUCGGGGGAGUGCGCCGCAGCCGACGUCCUCGCGGGAUUCGAGUCCGCCAUCCACGACGGCGCCGACGUCAUCUCCGUCUCCUUCGGCCAGGAUGCGCCCCUCGCCGACGACUCCAGGUCCCUCUUCCAGGAGCCCGUCACGCUCGGCUCCCUCCACGCCGCCGUCCACGGCGUCUCCGUCGUCUGCUCCGCCGGCAACUCCGGCCCAUACGACAACACCGUCGUCAACGCCGCGCCCUGGGUCACCACCGUCGCCGCCACCACCGUCGACAGGGACUUCCCCAACGUCCUCACCCUCGGCAACAGCGUGCGGCUCAAGGGGAUGAGCCUCGAGUCCACCACGCUGCACUCCAACACGCUCUACCCGAUGGUCGACGCCGCGCGCGCCGCCCGCGCCACCUCCAACCCGUACGACGCCUCCAGCUGCGCUCUCGGCACGCUCGACCCCGCCGCCGUCAAGGGCAAGAUCGUCGUGUGCCGCCGCGGCGGCGGCGAAGUCUCCCGGGUCACCAAGGGGAUGGCCGUGCUCGACGCGGGUGGCGCCGGGAUGAUCCUCGCCAACGACAGGAUGGACGGCGAGGACAUCGUCGCCGACCCGCACGUGCUCCCGGCCACCAUGAUCACCUACAGCGAGGCCGUCUCCCUGUACGGCUACAUGGCGUCCACGGCCAACCCCGUCGCCAACAUCUCGCCCUCCAAGACGGAGGUCGGCGUCAAGAACUCGCCGUCCGUGGCGGGCUUCUCCUCCCGCGGGCCCAGCGGCACGCUGCCGUACGUCCUCAAGCCCGACAUCGCCGCGCCGGGGGUCGACAUCCUGGCCGCCUUCACCGAGUACGUCGGCCCCACGGAGCUCGCCUCCGACAAGCGCCGCUCCGAGUACGCCAUCCUGUCCGGCACGUCCAUGGCCUGCCCGCACGUCUCCGGCGUCAUCGCGCUCCUCAAGGCGGCGCGCCCCGAGUGGAGCCCCGCCGCGAUGCGCUCCGCGAUCAUGACCACGGCGCGCACCCAGGACAACACGGGGGCGCCCAUGCGCGACCACGACGGCAGGGAGGCCAACGCCUUCGCGUACGGCGCCGGCAACGUGCACCCCAACCACGCCGUCGACCCGGGCCUCGUGUACGACGCCACCCCCGACGACUACUUCACCUUCCUCUGCUCCAUGGGCUUCUCCGAGGCAGACAUGAAGCGCCUCAGCGCCGGCAAGUUCGCGUGCCCGGCUAAUAAGACUAAGGUGCCCGCCAGGGAGGACCUCAACUACCCGUCCAUCGUGGUGCCGUCGCUGCGCGGCGCACAGACGGUGACGCGGCGGCUCAAGAACGUCGGCCGUCCGGCCAAGUACCUCGCGUCCUGGCGCGCGCCGCUCGGGAUCGCCAUGGAGGUGAAGCCGACGGUGCUCGAGUUCAGCAAGGUCAGCGAGGAGAAGGAGUUCAAGGUGACGGUGACGUCGCAGAAGGACAAGAUCGGGAUGGGCUACGUCUUUGGGAGGCUCGUCUGGACAGACGGGACCCACUAUGUCAGGAGCCCUGUCGUCGUCAACGCACUCGCAUGA